AUGGCAGCAGCCGUAUUGUCUUCUUCCAAGCUGUCCAUCUCGAAUCCUUUCCAGAUGGCUUCCCACAAGCGCCCCGACCCGGCAUCGCCCCCACCGCCUGCGGCGGCCUCCUCGUCGAAGUUGCACAUGUUCUCGCAGCCCUCAUCGUCAGCUGUUCAGCAUGACGCACAGCCGAAGACAUUCAAGAGACUGCGGUCGUCAUUGGAGCAAAGCAUCCGGACAGCGACCAAGUCCAAGGCCAAGAUGAGCGCUCCGGUCGACGAGACCGGCGCCAUCGCCCCGAGCGAAGGGGUCAAUGGCAAAGGUAAGGGCCGUGCAUCAGAGGAGCACCUGCCCGAGGAGAAGAGCAAGUCUAGAUCGAGGAUGCUAUCUAAGGUUUCAUUCCGGAGACCAGCGGCGAGAGACAUGCAGCCCUCUGCGCCUCCACCACCUGUCCCGGGCGUUGGGCAGGAAGCCUCGCGAGCGGCGAGAGACCGUGACAAGGACAGAACGCGCGUGGCCGGCAACACCAGCUUCCUCACGCCUUCUCUUCGACAAGCGUCCAUGUCCUCGCCAGUCCUGCCCACACUCUCUGCGUAUACCCAGCCGUUUGCGCUUCCGAGCGGCUCAACAUCUAACAUCGCAGCGCUGGUUUCGCCUCCCCGCGAGCGUACGCGCAGGUCCGAGUCUGGUGGCCUCAGUACGAGAGACAUCAGUGGACCCCAACCACUCGCGCCUCGCCGCGAUCCGCGUUCAAGCGGCGGAGCAGGAUCGCCGCGGGAGGGCAGGAGACCUCCACCACUGUCGCUCUCUUCUCGUGGAAGUAAUUCGCCUGGGCCAGAAACGCCAACGCGACGAUCCCGGGACGCGACAAGAUCCCCAGAGCCUCCGUCACCAACGCCUCGGGGAUUCGCUGCGGGGUCGUCUCGAAGAGCAGCAGCUAGUGCUAGCCAUUUGCCUUUGAACGGCACUUCCAGCCCUCCUUCAUCGCCUACCCUACGCCCGAUCAGUCCGUCUCGUGCGAGAUCUAUAUCUCGUACGCCUACGCGCGCCGGUCCGUCGGCGUCCUCGUCUCAUCUCCCCCUAGGUUCAUCCUCGUCCUCAGCGUCAGCGCGGAGGCCAUCAGGGGAUAUCGGACGCUCCUCGUUAGAAGCACGGAGGCCUUCCGUAGACACGCCGCGACCUUCAAUCGAGGGUCGGAGGCCUUCCGUGGACGCUCGUCGGCCAUCCGUUGAAGCGCGCAAGCCUUCCCUUGAUCUGAGUAGGUCAUCGCUGGACGGUAGGAGACCCUCUUUGGACCGCGCCGGUUCGCCCGUUACACCCACUCGCCCCCGCGCCCUCUCGCCGACUCAGCGUAACGUCACACCCAACUACUACCAGAACAAGCUGCUCAACUCGUCAACAACCUCGCUCGGCGGGUCCUCCAACCCUGAGUACCGGGAGCAGAUCCGAGCCGCGUCGUCGUACUUGUCCAAGGAGAUGCUGAAGCCGCCAUCCAAGCUGAACGACUCGAGCUUGCAGCCGAGAGAGUGGGAGGAGGUGGAGGUGCGUAUGCGGGGCUUGGCCAGGUUGGAGAGGGUCUGGGGAAAGAGCGGAGCGGGGAUGGGUAGCUCGUCCCAGCUAAGCUCGGCAGGUGGAUUGAGCACGAGCGGGCUCAGCGCAAGUGGAGAGGAGAGGGAACGGCGAUUGUUCACUGAGGCAUUGCGAGAUGGCUAUGUCCUCUGCCAGCUCAUGAACAAGCUUUUUCCGGGUACCAUCUCUCGCGUGGAUCCAAGGGAGGACGGCGUAGCGCGCUCCUCUAACGUCACCCGUUUCCUAGCAGCUUGCACAUCUGUUGGCAUAUCGUCAGAAGAUCGCUUCGGCCGAGACGAUCUCACCAUAGCGAAUGCGGAGUCCCUAGCCCAGGUUGCUCGUACCGUUCUUGCUCUGCAACGACACGCGGAGUUCCCUGCCGCCGACAAGUCAAGGUUCAUGCAGGGUGGUGUAGGACAGGGACCGUAUAGCGCGGGAGGUGGCUCGCGUGCUGCUGCGUCGACGCCGAAUCUCACCUUCGCCCAGAUGCAGCGCUCUACCUCACCUGUUGUUCCGCACUCGCCGACUGGGAGGAAACGCUGGAGCCCACCACAACCGCUGCCGACGCUUCGCUCAGCGAGUCCCGCGGAGGACGGCGCCGGGUCGGGCGGUUCCUCAGAUGGCAAGACAGUCGGAAACGGUCGUGCACACCGUGGUGGUGAGAGCGACCUUGAGUUCGACGAGGUCCCGCCUAUCAUGUCUCCCCCACCCCGAUCUCCUCUGCGUCCAAGGCCGAGCGUCGACCGCGCCUCCGUAGCGGACUCGACACGCGCCUCGGUCGGCGACUCCGUGCGAGCGUCUAUGGCGGAUUCAAUAGCUGCUUCUCCGAUACGACAGUCCCAGGCAUCCACCAUGACGGACACCACUGCCUUUUCGAGCCUGCUGGAGGUGCAGAGGAGCACCAGUACGGGUCAGAACAAGUUUGGCACGAUUCGCACGGUUACAACUGAAGCGACUUCCAUCGACACCAGCGAGACACCAUCGUUCACGUUCGCGGAGGGUAAGGCCAUGGCUGUGUCCUUGUCUGAGGAGUUGCCUCGAAGACGAAGCGGUGAGACCACCAGACCACCUCGCGAGCGCCGCCCCAGCGAAACUGUACCCAUCGACCUGGCCAGAGUUGCGGAGGAGACUGAGGAGGGCUCGUCGAGUUCGAAGAGCAAGUCCAAGAGCGGGGCGUCCGACAGCAAGCCAGAGCAGGCUCGAGAGUGGCCUCCGCAGAAGGCGUCGCCCAUUAAAUUGGGCAAAGGCAAGUGGCCGGAUGACUUUAUCGACGCGUUCCAGGCCCCGAAGUCCUCCAUUCUUGAUGGGGACGAGUUCAGCGUCUACGAGCCCAAGACACCCAUCUCCUCUUCACCUCCCCGCAAAUUGGCUAUUGUCGGCGCUUCGAGGCCUGACGCAAGCGUCGAGAGUCUGCCACAGUUCCCUAGGCGUCCGACCCACCGUGCGAGACACAGCGUCGAUACUCCUGGCCUUCUUCCGAAGGAUCAGGUGCUCCUCCGAGACUCCAGUCCAGACGGCGGUCCGUCAUCCCCAAGGAUCGUCCUGCGACGGAGCAGUACGCGCACAGGCGCUCAUCGGAACGGCGUCUACGUACCUCGAAGUGACUCGCGUUCGCAAGACAGUGACACUCGAGUUCCAUUCCCCCGGACUGUUUCUGCCGAGCAUACGUCUGCGCCCGCCCACGAUCGUUCCGGCGAGUCCUCGCCUCCGUCGUCUGCGACGACCUCCAAACCCGGGUCGCCUGGUCCCCCCGACAAACCCCGUCAGCCUCGCGGUCGCUUCCAAAGUGAGAUUGAUGGGUCGAGUUCGCGCAGAAAGCCCCGUCCCAACUCGUAUGACGAGCUCGGCGCCAAGCCCCGUCGGUCAAGGUAUGAGAGCAUGGUGAACCUGGGUGUCGUGACAAGCAAUGCGAGUGCAAGCGAUCUCCUCUCGAGGGACCCUUAUGAGGGGAGCGCGGUGCGGCAGACUCUCGUUGUUAAAGAGGACGGCAAGCCGCCGACUCAAUUCCAACUCGGGAACUGCAUUGGGCGAGGUCAAUUCGGCGCCGUUUAUCGGGCGCUGAACCUAAACACCGGUCAGAUGGUGGCAGUCAAGAGGAUCCGUCUCGAGGGCCUCAAGGAGGACGAGAUCAAGCAGCUCAUGAAGGAGGUCGAUCUCGUUAAGAGCUUGUCUCACCCGAGUAUUGUCAAAUACGAGGGCAUGGCGAGGGACAACGAUAGCCUGAGCAUUGUUCUCGAGUACGCAGAAAACGGUUCGUUGGGCCAGACCCUCAAGGCGUUCGGCAAGCUCAAUGAGCGUCUUGUGGCCGGCUAUGUGGUCAAGAUUCUCGAGGGCCUGCACUAUCUUCAUCAAAGCGAUGUGGUCCACUGCGAUCUCAAGGCGGCUAACAUCCUUACUACCAAGAAUGGGAACGUCAAACUGUCAGACUUUGGAGUCUCGCUCAAUCUGCGAGCCAUGGAACGCGAGAUGAAGGACGUAGCCGGCACGCCCAACUGGAUGGCUCCAGAAGUCAUUGAGCUUAAGGGUGCUUCCACAAAGUCCGAUAUCUGGUCCCUUGCCUGCACGGUCAUCGAGCUCCUCACAGGUCAUCCUCCUUAUGCAGAGAUCGCAAAUAGCAUGUCCGUCAUGUUCCGCAUCGUUGAGGAUUCUAUGCCGCCCAUUCCAGACGGUUGUUCGGAGCCUCUGCAGGGCUUCUUGAGGCAAUGCUUCAAUAAGGAUCCGACGAAGCGACCAAGUGCAGAAGAGUUGUGUGAGCAUGAAUGGCUGAAGAAGAACUGGGUCAUUCACAACAAGGAGUUGCGGCCUCAGGACAGCAUUCCCUUCUUGCGUCGCGUCUCCGCCGACUACCAGGCACAAAAGGCAGAUGUCAUGCGAUAUCUCGCCGGCGUCGAGAUGCCCGAACGUCCAGACUCGGACAGGGCGUCUCCAGCAUUGUCUUCGUCCCCCGACAAGCGUCCACGCAUAGACGUGUCGCCUCCUCCACGCAGACUUUCCAACGAUCCUGAACACUUCUCACCCCGCGAACACUCCUUUGUACGAACCUCGUUCGGCAAGCCCGUCAUAUGCCGUGUGUGCAACCAAGGCGUGAAGAAGAGUGCUGUGCUUUGCGAGCAAUGCAGCCUCAUCUGCCAUGCGAAGUGUGCUCCGAACGCUCCGCCGACCUGCGAUCUGCGAGCGCAGCUGCUCCUGUAUGCUCAGUACGCAGAGACCGGCAGUCAGACAGGACAGUACAGCAACCCUAUGGAGCUGCUCGAGGCUCUACAGGCGAACGGACCUCUCAGCCCUACGUCCGACGCCAGCGACGUUACCCCCAGAACGAGUUUCGAUGUGCCCAGCUCGCCGUCUCCCACUUCUGUCGGUGGCGCAGUACAUCCACCCAGCGCAUACAAAGUGCUCGCCGCGUUCAAGCGUUCGAAGUCCUUCCUGACGGAACACUCAGACCGAUCCUCUCCUGCGCCUUCAUCAUCACCUUCUUCUCCCCCACUGCCUCCCACCCCCUCCGAUCGUCGACAAGUGACACGCAAGCGUUCCGUUCUCACGAAGCGCAAGUCCGAUGGCAAAGAUCGACCGCUCUCCAUUUCUAGCAGCAGCACGGGCCCCAACACCUCGAGCAUGCGCAGCGCCGUAACAGCCGCAGAGAGCCUGGCUAGUACACAGCGAGGUUCGACGCGAACGAUGACCACGGAAACGGACGCACAUGCCGAACAAUCUGACUCCAGGUUCUCUCAGAUGACCGGCUAUUCCAUCCUCUCAGCGGCAGACCGGGAGGGCAGCCGGAGCAGUCGACGGCGUGAUCGGGAUUCAAAGUCGAGCAAUGGCUGCUCGGUGCAGUGA